CUUGAACGCGCCAUCAAGUGCCUCAGUGACGGUGCCAUCGACAUUGAUUCAGAUGCUCUUGAUAUGUGUCCUGCACAAAGGAAGCGCAAGCUCCGGACGCCGAGGACCUUCAAUAAGGCCACCGGCAAUCACAGUACUACCGAGCAUGCGUUCUCUAUCAAUAACUGGGGGUCAGUGACAACCUCCUACGUGAUUGGCGUCAAGAAAAAGGGAGAAAGCUUUCUGAGGGAGACAACAUCGAUGGCCCGGAAACUGCUCAAGAAAUCAGGCAACGCUGCCCUUCGGAAGUACAUUAGUCUCAAUGAUGAGGAUGAGGAGGAGAACAUUGACCGGCGCUGCAUGUUGUGGUAA